UAACUCGUUGCAAAAUAUCUUUUCUUCCACAAGAUUCCAUUUUCUCUUGUUCAUCACCGCCCUCUUAGCUAAUUCUGCCUAGUCUCUGAGUUGGAAUCGCGGGCGGAUAUGGCGAUAUCUGAUGCGGUGAUUGGGAAUUUGAUGAUCAUAUACGUGGCGGUGAUAGCGGGGAUAAAGGCGUUUGGUUUAGUGUGCGGACGGAGCUUCGGUGGUGGGUUUGUGCUGAUAGCGUCGAGCACAGUGGUGGGUUUGAUCUUGGUCGGGACCCUGACGUGGGACGUCAGUCGUAAAGCCACGUACGCCAUUUCCGGCAGUGAUCAUCAAGAUGCCGGUUCGGUUCAAGUGCAGGAGAUCUGUAAGGGUGGAAUAUGCUGGCACGGCGUGGCUGUUCGGUCCCCUGCUUCUCAGGUCCGGUUCAGGCUCCCCUCAACAAAUUCCACGAGGUCUUUAGUAAAAAUAAUAAUGUCUGAUCGUGAGAGUUCACGCAGUGAAAAGAGAAGUAAUAGACCUGAGGGUAGUAGCCAUUCACCUGCCAUGGCCAGGUAUGGUGAAGAGCGAACACCUCCAGUAGUACAAUUAAGUCGUUUUGCUGCUGAGUUUAUUCCGACUGAGAAAGAUGUAUGUGACUGGUUUGUGGAGGAUUUACGCCAGAGAGUUGUUGAUAGCCUUGAAUUUGUCAUCGUUUCAAGAAGUGGUUAA